GUCACCGCACCCGUGGCGGCAUUAUACGUGGCUGGUUCAAUUAGAUGGAUUGAUUCCAAAUCAUUGGUUUUGGUUUGAUUAGAUAAUAAAUAUAUAAUAAAAAUAAAUUGAAAAUCAAAAACAAAAAUUUCCCGUUCAUGAUUCCUUUUCCCAAUUUACUUUUCUUCUCCUCUGAAAAUCCCAAUUAUGAAUCUCUCCCCACCGGCUCAAAUCAUUUUAACGAUCACCGCCGUUGGCCACCCAUCGCCACCAUCGUAUUGCAGUCAGUGGCGGAUUCAGGAAUUCUACGUAGGGGUGUCCUCUAUAAAAAAUUAAAUUAAAUUAAAUAUUAGAAUUAAGUUAAAUAAUUAUUAAAUAUGAAAAUAUCUAACUAAUAAAAGUUUCAUUAAACGUUGAGAAGUGUUUCAUCAAAUGAUAUAAUGCAUUCGGUGUUUAUACUGCUCAAUAAAUAUAUCUCGACAUGUCUUACUAGACAAGGAUAUCCCGUAAUUGAGUUUAAUCGUUAGGUUUUGAAAAUAAUUUGACAUAAAAAUAACAUUUUACUAUUAUAUUUGGAUCUAAAAUACAAUAACAAAUGUGUUGUAGCGUAAUUGAAAAUAUAUUAACUAAUAGUGGUAGUGUCCCAAAUUUAAAUCACAUAAAAUACUACUUAAAUAUUAUUUAUACCAUACGCAAACUACUACGGGAGAUUGGAUAAUCAUUUUCCCAAAUUUUAAAGGUGUCCCACUACCACUUAAACAUUUUUUUUCUCAUACGCAAAUUACUAUCGUAGGUUGAAUAAUCGUGUUUCCAAAUUUUAAGGGUGUCCUGGUGCAUGUAUCCGCCACUGAUUGCAGUCAGCCUGUCACCCCGCCUUCUUCCUCCCCCCUCUGAAUAUCAUAAAUCCCAAAUCUUUCUUUCGGUGCUGCAAAUCACCAUCACCAUCACAACCGUUGCGGCUAGCUAGCCUGCCAUCACCAAGAUUUGGAGUUGCUAGCAAUAAAAUUAAUACAACUUUGAGGAGCAAAUAGACCUUUAGAUAUGAUAUAUUCAAUUUUGUCUCCACCAUCAAAUCAACUAAUUCAUCAAUUUCUUUUAAUCCAUAAAGUAAUUCAUCAUUUUUAACACAGUGAUAAUAACGGUGGAGAUAGACAUAGUUCGUGGAUUUAAUUUUAUACUUUGUAAAAAUUGGAGAUAAGAGUUACAUAUUUAUAAUUACAUUCAUGAUAAUACUACAACAAAAUAUUCAAUGUAGUGAAAUAUAAAAUAAAUUCGUUAAUAACAAUCAAGUUAUAGAUUCAACUCAUAUAUACUAUAAUUUAUUGUUUUUUUACAUAUUUUCAUACUCAAACUAUUAUAGAUUAUUCAUUAAUAAAUAAAUGGAAGAAGAUAAUAAUCAAAUGUGAAAUUUGUAUACUUUACCUGUUUUUUCUCCCUGUCUCUGGAGAGUCUUUUGGUUUUCCUGACUGUUCGUCAGUGCUCGUCGCUUCUCCUUCCUUCCAUUUUGGAGAGUGUUUUUCUGAUCGGGUUUUGAUCAUCUGUCUUGUUCUCCCUCCUUCCCCUUCUUCCUUUGUCUUCUCCCUCUAUCGCUUCCUCCUUUAUUCCUGACUUUCAUUACUCUGGUCCUCUUUUGCGGUUGUCGGUUGGUCUCCCCUGGCGAGAACAGUGUGGAUCUCGGUUCAGUUUUGGCUCCCCCUGCUUCGAUCAUGGAAAAUGAGUUAGUGGAAAAGCUAUCUAGGAUUAUAUUAACUGAAGAUGAAGAGACACUCAUCAGUGUCGACGAUACAGAUGCAACAGAAGGUGUGGAGGAAGCUUUCAAAGAGCUAGGAGUGGCUGGGAGAAUCAUUAAAGGAACUCCUCCAUCUGCUAGAGUUCUUAAAAGAAUACUUAGUGAAGCCUGGAAGGUGAAGAGAGAGUUUGAUAUUCAAAUAACGAAAGACAACAUUUUAAGCAUUCAACUCUACUGCUUUGAUGACAAGAAUAAUGUCCUCUUUGGGGGACCAUGGCACCUGGAACGUCGGCUCUUAAUCUUUAAAGAAGUCCCUCCUGAUCUAGAGCUGCAGAAUAUGGAUUUUCUAUGGCUGAUUUUUGGGUUCGUAUAAGAAAGUUUCCGCUAAAUCUCAGGAAUAGUCAGAUGGCAGAAAAGGUUGGAGAUAUGUUUGGCAAGUAUAUCAGAUGGGAUGAACUACACUCUGGAAUUAACAGUGAAUAUCUAAGGAUCAGAGUUUCAAUCAAUGUUCAAAAGCCUCUAAGAAGGAUCGUUAAAUUACAGGGAAAAGAUGGACCUGUCUCCUACAAAGUAAGUUGUGAAAGGCUCCCUAUAUAUUGCUUCAAAUGUGGUCUAUUUGGACAUCUUAAAAAGGCUUGCCCUCUGCUGCUGGAAGAUAAAGUGAAUAAUGAAGAUCAGUAGGUGCC